AUGGGACGCAUCGCCGCCACAGACCUCAUGCCUGACUUCACCGGUCGCUCCCUGGACCACGGUCGAUUCCAGCUUCUGGAAAGCUUGGGAUCUGGCGCCUACGGAAAAGUCUACCGCGCCAUCGACACAUCUGGCCCCACCUCCAAGCCCAAGAUCUGCGCUAUAAAGUGCCUCAACAAACCCUCGCCCGGUACCAAAGAGGAUCUCCUUCAAACGCGCGAAUUUGCCAACCACAAACUGGUGUCAGGACACCCCAACAUCGUCACUUUCCACGAUCGCUUCUACGACGGCCUCUUCGUAUACGUCGUUCUUGACCUGGUCGUUGGCGGCGAUUUGUUCGGUGCUAUCACCGAGAAACAUCUGUUCCAGAAGAACGGGAGGCUUAUCAAGAGCGCUUUCAUCAAACUCAUCGACGCCGUCCAGCACUGUCACGACAUGGGCGUCUUCCAUCGUGAUAUCAAACCCGAGAAUGUUCUUUGUUCAAACGACGGCACGGACAUUCGUCUGGCGGAUUUCGGUUUGUCUAUCAAGAGUCCUGUGUGCCAGGACUUCGGGUGUGGUAGCUCCUACUAUAUGAGCCCAGAAUGCAUUGGCAGGGACAUCGAUGCUGACCAGUAUUCGACCCGUCAUAAUGACGUCUGGGCAUUGGGCGUCAUCUUGACCAACAUGAUUACUGGCCGGAAUCCCUGGAGGUACGCCACUUCGGACGACGACUGCUUCGCAGCAUACAUGCGCAACAACGACUUCCUCCAGCAAGUCCUGCCCAUCUCGUCGGAAGUCAACAGAAUCUUAAAGAAGAUCUUCACUAUCAAUCCUUUACGCCGCAUCACGCUCCCGCAACUGCGCAACGAAAUUCUUGAGCUAAACGCCUUCUUCAUCGCUGAACAGGAGCUGCUGUCCAUAAAGACACCUCUGCACGUGGAGAUCACGACGGAAGUCGAACAAUUCAUGGACCCAAUGUCCGCACCGUACAAGCUCAACCUCGUCCCCGCUGCCUCGAAUGUCGAGCUGGUGGAUUCGGACGAGUACUAUGUCUUCGCCAGCCCUAACGUCGACGACUUCGUUCCUAAACAGCGCCCUGUUGCUCCUCCUGCUCAAACCUCUCCCAUCCUCCAGUCGAGCUGCGGAAGUGAUUUUAUCAUCGUCGGGUCGACCGAGUCGCUGUCGGUCCCCGCGUCCGCCUCCUCAGGACCAGAGAGCCAAGGGCCUACUACACCUGCUGCGCGGGCUGUUGAUCUCCCUGUUGAUAUUUCCCCAGUUUGUGACGACGUGGCCUUGGGUGAUCCUCUUGUUGUGUCAAUUAUGGGUGUUCCCAAGUUCAAGGCGGCGACACCUGGUCCCAAGACAAAGGCCGCGAAGGUCUCUACUGCAUUCCGUUCGGCUGUCCAGCGCAUCAAAGGUCUGUCUGGCGGCAGCUCCUCAUCCUGA